UUACUUGUUAUUUUUGUUUACUUUGUGCAUUGUUAUGCAUUCAGUACUUCCGAAUUAAAAUGUGAAAUUUGUUGUCGACUUGUUGAAUUAAUCCAAAAAAAUAUAAGUUCUGUUGAGCCUUCUCGGGUCAGCCAAGUUGGAAACUUUCGGAUAGAUGAAAAAGGUAAUCAUCAAAGCAAUAUUGUACCUUUAUCUCGUUCACAAGUUUAUUUAUCAGAAGUAAUGGAUUCAGUAUGUAAACAAAUGUCCGAUUACGUUCGUGCGAUUUUUAAGGAAAAUGGUACUUUAAUUGUGAUGCCACUACUUGUUAAUGGUAAAAUGAAUCCACUUAUGAGUGAUGUUGAUAUAGUACAGGACUCGGAUUUGAAUAAAAGUUUAGAAUACUAUUGUGAUUAUAUUGUUGAUGACAUUGAAGAGGAUGUAUAUAGAAUUAUAAAAACAGAAAAUAAUGAAAAUAUAGUGGAUGCUAUUUGCAUAGAUACUAUUAAGUUAUGCCCAAUAUAUAAAAAUAGAGUAGAACUUUAA